AUUCCAGCCGGGAAGUUUCAGUAGUACAACGAUCGGGAGUCAGCAGUUUGAUUGUCUCUUAACCGGGUUCAACAGUGGGUAAAAUGGUUCCGACUCUGAGUCGAGCCUUAGCGAUUGUGUGUUUAUUGUCAGUUUUGGUUGGGUUGUGCCAUGGAUACACGCUGAAUCGUGAAAAACGCCAAACAGGAUCCAUGAUGAUGAACACUGACGGAGGAAGUGGCUCCGAUCGGGCGGCUAUUCCGGGGUUGGGUGAACUUCAAACCGUCAUAGAUGUGGCCCAGUUCCUCCUGAAUGUUGGACAACAGGUGUUGCCUGGACUUCUGGAACAGCUUCCUGGGGCCAUAACGAGCGUAGCGGGCGCAGGCGGCAUGGGAUCCGGAUAAUGAUAGUGUGUGUAGAGAUGAAUUGCCAAAAUACAGAAAGAUCUGCUCAAA